AUGAAGAGAAAUAAAUAUAGAUACAAGGUUUACCUGGCAUAUCUUAUGCUGUUUGUCUCCUCUGUUUGGAUGGUGGAUUCGUGUUUCUUUUAUCCGAUUAAUGGAAUAAUAACCAAUUGGUUCAGAACUUUCCGAGGACAUGGAAUUCUGGAAUCUUUGUAUGCCAAGCGGUGUCUGUUCGUCAAACACGGAAGCUUGAGAUGGAAGGAUUUUGUCUUGAUUCGACAUCCUGCUGCUGGUCAAAUAUGGGUAAAAAAGGACCGCGGUCACUGUGGAAUCUUUGAUUGUUGUGGAAUUCAUCAGCCCGUUUACAACUAUUGCAUGGUGAAUCAGUGUCAAAAUGGAGGCAAAUGUAUAAACAAUAAUGAUGGAUACACAUGCAUGUGUCAUAAUGGUUAUACUGGCAAUAAAUGUAAACAUGGACCAAUGACCAAAGCUGCAAUCGCUACAACAUCAAAGCCAACAAGUGCAUGUGUUGAUUCAUCAUUCUGCUAUACUUCUGCUGCUUGUUACCUAGUACCAGAUAGUUGUCCUAAAUUGUGUGGGAAAUGUGCAACAAAAACCGUCAACAAGAUAAAAGUGACAACAAAAUCAGGAAAAAGUUCAACAACAAGAAAUUCACAUUCAACAACAACUGGCUGGUUGGCAAUCAAAGGCAAAUACACAACAACUGGUUGGCUGGCAAUUAAAGGCAAAUAA